CGAAAUUCGAAGGUGCCGAUAUCGAAAGUCGACCAUGGGGUUGAGACUCUUUCAUGUUCAUUUUGUGGUUCCUCGAGAUGCUGGUUCGUGAUGGGUGGUGAAAGAGCGAGACUGCGGACAACAGUGGAUUGUCGAGAAUUGGCGCCUUCCUUGAAGUUCGAACUUCUAAGUCUUCCCCUGCCAAGGCUUAACGCGUAUAUAGCUGAAGGAUUGCAGAGUUUCUUCCAUGUCUAGUACAGCUCCGGUGAGAGUGCGUCCAAAAAGUCAUAAAGGUUUACAGCCCCGCUACUUCUUAUCUUUAUCUUCACUCCCCUAUCCCUCUUUCCUUCCCGUUCCACGCAGAAUGGCAAAAAGCUUUCGCACUUUCAAUGAGCUUCCGCUGGAAUUAGUCCUCGACAUCGCCGAGCACUUACCAGCACACAACGUCGCUAGUCUUGCGUUGACAUGCAAGUCUCUCUAUGAGAACAAAGACCUGAGCUCGCUUUGGAGACCUAGCUUGUGCGAAUCAGGAUGGCCUGCCAACUGCGAUGCGCACCCACUUGUGUUCAACCACGAACAACUGUUUUUGCAAGCUCUCUUGGGGAAAGACAGUCCUGAUGAACAAAAUAAUUACUUGCAAACCAAUGCUCUUCGGUGGCCUAGCUGGAACCACAACCUCACCCUCGACGAACUGUAUCACAUCAUGCGUCCAUUAGACUGGAAGAAAGUGUAUGGAGCGCCGUUGGAAAGCAUCGCUGUACACACUGAUUGGGAGCAGGUGAAAUAAUCUGUAGAAAGUUCAGCGCAAACUCAAUGUCCCAGGCCCAUUGCUAUGCUGAGCGGCAAUGUGAAGUCCGCGAUCAGUAAUAUCUCCGACUGGUCGCCGUCGUUUUUUACGUGUACUGG